AGCGCCUAUCUAUAUAAGUAACUAUAAAAUAUCGAUAUAUUCUGCACCCCUGGGCAGGCCCUACAUCGCCAAAUUUACUUAAAUUCAAUCCAAAUUAACUGUUACACGAUAGCGCAGCCACAAAAACAAUGCGCAUCAUCACAAAAGCAAGUGCGACAAGUGCAUAAGUAAAUAAAUAUCAGAAGUAUAUUGGAGUUUUAAACGCAUCGCAAGACACAACCACCAACUCCAGCGUGUGUUACUGUGUGACCUGUAGCAAUAGCAAUGGAUGAAAAUAUGUGGAUAAUUGAGCUGGAGUCGGCACUCCUGGAUGAUUGCAAUGUAAAUGAUAUCUAUGGAAUUUGCCAGGGCAAGCCCUUGCCUGAGGCCUUGCGUCCAGACGUGUGGCAAGUAUGCCUCGAUGUGCGCCACAAAAGCGAUCAAAUGUCGCUAUUCAACGAAAUCUACGACCUGCCCUUUCAAAGUCAGCUGCGCGAGGACUGCCAAAAGUAUGUGGAGCGUAUGGGCAACGAGGAGGAGGACAAAGUGUCGGUUGUAUCGGACCUGGAGUCCAUAAUGACCUUCUACUGCAAGAACCGCAAUCUGCAAUAUGAGGCCGAAAAUGGCUGGAUUGAGCUGCUCCUCCCACUCUUUGCUCUCAAACUCAAUCGCUCCGACACAUUUAAUCUCUUUGAGGCCAUACGAGACACCUACAUACCAAAAGGAUGUAAACCCAAAGGCAAUGUCUUCCAUGUAUUUCGACUGCUAUUGCUCUAUCACGAUCCUGAGCUCUGCACUGUGCUGGACACCAAAAAAAUCACACCGGACCUCUACUCGCUGACCUGGUUUCAGUCGCUUUUCGCCUCUUGCAGUAGUCUGUCCGUCAUAAUUGCCAUGUGGGAUCUGUACUUUCAGAACGCCGAUCCCUUCAUGGUCUUUUUCUUGGCGCUCAUCAUACUCAUCAAUGGACGUGAGCAAAUCUUGGGCAUGAAGGGUUCGUCGAAGGAAGAAAUUGUCAAGUUCCUCAGCAACAUGCCUUGUGCACUCGAAGUGGACGAUGUGCCUGAUUUUUGUUCUUUAGCGCAGUAUUAUGCGCUAAAAACGCCAACAUCCUUUAAAACGGACUACUUGAAGGCGCUGUACGGCAAGCAGAAUGACACCCCUCGCAGUCAGGAGGAGUCCAACAAGGUGUCGCAAGCUCUGUGUUUGCCCGUCUCCGUCUACGAACUGGUUGAGAACUCGGCUAUGGAGUUUCCUGUGCAGGAUGCCGUGCGCUUCUUUCUCGUUGACUGUCGUCCAGCCGAACAGUACAAUGCGGGUCAUUUGUCAACAGCAUUUCAUCUGGACUGCAAUCUGAUGCUGCAGGAGCCUGUGGCCUUCGCUACGGCCGUGCAGGGUCUGCUCACGGCACAGCGACAGGCCAUCGAGGUGAAUUCGAAUGCCGGCGGUGAGCAUUUGUGUUUUAUGGGAAGUGGACGCGUGGAGGAAGAUCAAUAUACGCAUAUGGUGGUGGCUUCAUUCCUGCAAAAGAACACAUCUUAUGUUUCCUUGCUCACCGGUGGCUAUGCAAGCAUACACGACUAUUUUGGCGAUCACAUGGCCGACUGUCUGGAGGAUCACAAUGUGCGAAAUUGUCUUGUUUGUCAGCAGCACAAUGUGCAACAGAUUAAACACGCGCCGCUCAAACAGCAGGCGGUCCACUCGUCCACGGACUUGUUCAGCAAGUUCUCGGCAGUCAUGAAGUCAAAAUCUGCCGAAGUCAAGGGAAAGCUACUGGACAUUAUUGUUAAUCCGAGCUCCAAUGGCGGCAGCUCAGCAGCCAAUAUUGGGCAGGGCGGUGCAUCUAAUGACGGUCCACCAACGACGCCUACUCAACAGCGACAUGUGAGCGCAAGUGAGCGGAAUGGCAAGCGUUAUCGAAAUGUAGCCCCCGUGUUCAGCAUUGAUGAUGAGAAUGAAGAUGCGUACGAUGGAGGCGAGCGCGACACACCGCUGACAUCGUCCGGCGAGAGCAAGGAAAUUGUCAAUCUAAAUCAAUAUUUCAAGACAGCGGACAUUAUCAAUGCCUUUAAGUGCCAGGAGGUGCACAUGAAUGGCUAUAUGUAUGACAGCCAUCUAAUCAUCACGCCCAGUCAUUUGGUGGUAUUGCGCGAAUUGGGACGUGGCCAAGCGCAAAUUAUGGUACGACGUCCUCUGGCAAGCAUAGUGAAAAUCACAGCCAAGAAGCGACAUCGUGAUCUGAUUACCUUCAAGUAUGGUUGUCCAGAUGGUGAUGGCCUCCUCAUCACCGAUAUGGAUCGUUUUCUCAUACCAAACGCCACAGAGGCCACAGCGUUGGUCUCCAAGCACAUUGUCCAGGUGCUGGACAAUGCCAAGUAGUAGACAGCGUAGGAGUACGUUGAACAUUUAUGCUUUUCUGUUUUUUCUACAUGAGCUUUAUUUUUCCCAAAAAGUGCAAUGCGCGCGGUCUCUGCCUGCGGCACAGGCGCGCAAUAGAUUUAAAAAUUGGCAAUGUUUUCCUUGUAGUAGUGGAAUGGAAGUGUGUAGUUUUAUUUGAAAUGAUACCGAAAUGAAAUGUGAAUUCUUUAUAUUUAUGCAAUUGUAUUAUAUGACACACACAUACAAACACCAUCCAACCGUAUAGUUAUACUGGAUUCAUGCUAAUGCUAAAAUUCGAAGUAAACAAAGAGAAAGAACAGUAGCCUUGAGACUUACAAUAUGUAAAUGAUGUGUAAAACUAAACUAACUAAUAUUUAUUGCGAAUGAAAAUAACAAAAAUAUUAAAUAAAAAAUGUAUGAUAAUCAAAA